AUGGCUUCCUUCUAUUCAUACCCCGAAUUAUUUUUGGCGGGUUUUGUAUUUACAUUGCCAUUUUUAUAUGAAAAGAGUAACGUAUUUAGAUAUUACCUUAAGUUUUUUCUUUACUAUGCAUAUGUGUUAAUAACAUGCACCGUAUUGCUGCCUGUAGUGCUAUUAUAUCCACGGGACGUAACAAAUUUAAUUGUUGCAUCCAGAUUCUGCCGUUAUGCUUCUCAUAUAGUAGGAAUAGAAUGGGAACUAAGAGGCUUAGAAAAUUGGGAUAAUGAACAGUGCUAUAUCGUGAUAUCAAAUCAUCAGAGCUCAUUGGAUAUAUUAGGCAUGUUUGAGAUGUGGCCCCGCAUGAAACGAUGUACAGUCGUAGCCAAAAGACCGCUUAUGUUCACUGGAGCCUUUGGUUUCGGUGCUUGGUUGUCGGGUCUUGUAUUUAUCGAUCGCCUAAAAACUGAUAGAGCACGCCAGCUAAUGAUGGAAGCUACAGAGAGAGUAAUAAGAGAAAAGACAAAACUGUGGGUGUUUCCAGAAGGAGCAAGAUACAAUAAAGGCAGUAUUCAACCAUUUAAAAAGGGAGCCUUUUAUCUAGCAAUUGAUGCCCAAAUUCCUAUUAUGCCUGUAGUAUUCAGUCAAUAUUAUUUUCUUGAUAGUGAAACAAAAACAUUUGAACCAGGAAAAGUGGUGAUAAGCACUUUGCCUCCAAUACCUACUAAAGGCAUGACCCGUGAUGAUUUGGAAACUCUUUCUGAAAUGACUCGCCAACAAAUGAUUGAAGUCUUCAAUGAGAGCUCCAGAGAUUUGGUUAUGCAGAAGAAAAUAGUUGUUUAAGUUUUGCCCUAAGUUUAAGUAUAGCCUAUAAUCUAGUCAUUGUUUAUUUAUAGCAAAGAGUUUGUUGAUCUCAUUCUGUAACCCACAGUGUAUUAAGAAUUGAUAUUAUUUAUAUUAGUAUUUAGAUUUGAAACUUACUAGUCAUUUGUACCUUAUUUAAAACUUGUUUUAUAUUUGAUAUUGAUUUAAAGUUUAUGCAAUAUUAGGUAGGUUACAUCAAUUUAUUUAAGUAUGGUCGUCAAUCAAAUUAAAGUAUGUCUUUUAAGAAUUUUAAGAUUAUGCUAUAGGUAAAUAAUUUACAAACAUUGUUACUGUACUAUUUGUUUGCAUUUUAAACAGUAUUGUAUUUUUAUGGCGCAAGUACACACUAUGCAGAAAAUUGACCGAGAAGAAGCGCUAGAUCCCACACUGAAAAUUGGGUGACGCACGGGUGCGGGAAGGAUAAAAUAACAGAUAUCCAGUGACUUCCGUUAACAUUCCUUAUGCUUUAAGCUCUAAUGUAUGGUGCCCUCAAGAUAUUUUUGUUAUUUAUUUUACA